AUGGAGAGGCCAGGGAUGCGUCAGUCUGGCUUUUGCCAAUUUCUUUCCCUCGCGGAUGAAAUUAUCCUUGCCGUCAUCGAACGAGUCGACCAAUCCAAGGACCUCUGCAGGCUAGCUAGAACGUGUGGCCGCUUUCAAGCUCUUGUUGAACCAUAUAUCUACCGAUCAGUUCUCAUCCGCACCGGGGCCGAAGCCGAAUGCCUCGCCACCUCCUUGGACCGUAGGCCUUCGCGUACUCUAGACAUUCAGCACUUCGAGGUCCGGUACAUCCAUAAGGUUGUUGUCGACGACACCGGCAUUCUUCAAUCAGACAACGAGAGCGGCAUCGAGAAUGUCGACCGGAUACUGCCACAUCUCCGAAACUUGCGUCAUUUAACAAUCGAGUCACCUUGCAUCAAUAACAAUCCUUGGCGCGGUGAUGAGAUGAUUCCUUGGAGGAGCGGCUGCCGAGUAAGAUACACUCCUCUGUUUCGGGCAGCCAGCCAGGCAACCAGCCUAGACGUACCUUCAAAUGGGCCUCUCCUAUUUAACAAGCUUCAAACUGUUGUCUUGCAUACCCAUGGCAACACUCAGAAGUUCGAGCUAGGGGACGAUGCUGUCAUUUUUCUUCACCCUACGCUCCAAAACCUAACAAUUUCCUGCUCCGAUAUCACAAAUCGCAUGUCACUUCCUCCACCUGUUGAAAAUAUUGAAAAGACUACUGCUCUCAGGAGUCUUACUUUCAUUGAGUGUAACAUCAACGCUAUUGCCCUAGGCACAAUCUUGCGGUAUCCUCGAGCCUUGAAGGAGAUUAAUCUUGGGGAAAGAAUACAUCACUUCCACGAUUCGCCCACUAAACCCUUGGUACACUAUCACAGAGAGUUCAUGCACGCUCUCUACCAGCAGCAUGAGUCUCUCGAGUACAUCAGAAAUGUCGGCCGUCGACGUUGGAGACCCGAUCCAUCGCAGCUGGGGCGUAUAACUCUUCGCGACUUCGAGAAUCUUCGGUGCUUGGCCUUAGAUCCCAAAUCUAUUCUCAUAAGCCAUCUAACUACGAACGGAGCCCCAAAGUCGCUACAAACGCUUAGGCUAUUCAGUGACUAUGUUCACUGUUUCAAUCCCCCCGCAAGGUCACUGCCGCACAGAGGGAGAGCCGAGUGGAAAGAGCUCUUGAAAAUAACCGAUAGAAUGCGACAUGUUCGUCAAGUGGACAUCGUCCUCGCUCAAACCUUCGCUGAUGGAAUAUUGCAAUCACGUGGAUACAAGAUGGAGGAUUUGUACCGCAUUUGGCAAGCCAAAGAGCGACGGCAAGACGUCUACAGGUUCGCCUUUGCGUUGAAAGACCAGGGCAGAGCUUUCAAGCUGUACGCGGAACAUUUUCAGGGGGGCGAGAUAUUUAUACCCCCUUUCCUAUACGGCGAGGACACACCCAUUGAACACGUGAUCUAUGACUCGGAAGAGCCGUACGUUUUCAACACUCCAAGCCGUCAGAAACACCAAAGAGAGGCCGACCAAAAUGAUAGAGGGCUUGAUGAGAAUGAAGUGGAGGACGAAGUGAUUGUGUUAGGUCUCACAGGGUAGGCUCGUCGCCUACUGCUUGGGAAGGUUUGAGGUCCUUUUCUAUUCAUAUGAGGAGCAUUCUAGGCGUCUGGCAGGACGACAUUGAAGGGUGCGCUUUAAUCCCAGUGCGCUCAAUCCUCUCAAGGUUUUACUAGGCUCGGUGACCCAUCAGCUUCCAUCCAUUGCUGUGGUGAUGGCAACUGAUUUUCUGGCCUGUUAGAUGUCCAUAGCAGGUCUCCUGCCCUGAUGCCCGUCUUGACUAUUCUACGUUAGUGCAAUGGGCGAUGAUAAUCGAAGUGCUUGUAACAUUGGAGAUAUAAAAAGAAAAGUCUUUCCAAGGUUGCUGAGGCUGAACUUUCAAAACUCGAAGUGUUUGAAAGGAAAAUAUGUGCUAUCUUCAACUGGAAUGGUCAUCCUAAUCC